AUGUUGGAUCGGUUCGUUGUGAUCUACAUCCUGAUUUACUCCCGGUCCAGGGAAAGCCACCUUCGAUAUGUCGGUCUGGUUCUGCAACGCUUGAGGGAGCAACAACUCAAUGAGAAGCUGGAGAAAUGCAUCUUCUUCUGGACUUCCAUAGAAUUCCUUGGGCAUAUCAUCUCGCCCGAGGGCAUAGCCAUGGACCCACGCAAAGUAGAAGCUUUGUGUAGCUGGGAAGCCCCUCGUCGGGUGAAGGAUGUUCAGCGCCUGCUGGGCUUCGCCAACUACUACUGGACCUUCAUCCCGGGCUUCGCCACACUGACGGCUCCACUUACCCAGCUCCUCAGGAAGAAGGUCGCGUUCCAGUGGGGUCCCCCGCAGCAAGAAGCAUUCACAGCCCUCAAGAAAGCCUUCGUCACGGAACCCGUGAUGAGGCAUCCCGACCCUCCGGCCUUUUGUGGUGGAGACAGACGCGUCCAAUGUGGCUCUGGGAGCAGUGCUGCUACAGGCUCCGACGAAUGGCGGCACACUUUUUCCCUGCGCUUACUACUCCCGGAAACUCAAUCCUUCCGAGCGCAACUACAUCAUCUGGGAAAAAGAGUUGCUGGCUAUCAAGGCUGCAUUCGAGGCUUGGUGACACCAUCUGGAGGGGGCCCAACAUCAGGUGGAGGUCCGAACGGACCAUCGGAAUCUCGAGCACCUCACCACAGCUCGGAAGUUGAACCAGCAGCAGAUCCGGUGGUCAUUGUUUUUUGCCCGGUUCAACUUCCGCGUGAUCCACAUUCCCAGCGGUCACAACCGGAGGGCGGAUGCCCUGUCCCGCAAGCCAGAGUACCUCUGUGCCAAGGACCCCCUUCCUCCACGGACGGUGCUGCCGGCAGAAGCCUUGGCCGCAGCACGGGAACCAGUGGACUUGCAGGCCCAGGUGCGAGAGGCACAGCGCCAGGACGCCUGGUCGCAGCAAAGGAGAGCGGAGGUGGGCCCCGCGUCUCCUUGGACCUUGGAGGAGGACUUAUUCAAGUUUCGGGGGCGAUUAUAUGUGCCCACAGGACCACUCUGAGCCCUCGUCAUGACCCAGUGCUACGACAACCCUGCAGCAGGACAUUUUGGGUUCUUCAAGACCCUCCACCUGGUGACAUGGACCUUUUGGUGGCCCCGAGUGCGGCAUGA